UAUGGGUUAAAACUGGGGCCCACAUUUAAGAAUAAAAAAAAAGGGAAGAAGCAAAAGGAAGAUCGACUUUUCUUUCUCCAUCCGUCAAAAAAAUGAAAUGGGGUCAAAUCUUCGCGUUGCUCUAACGCCACCGUCCACUUCAUCUCUUUUCUUCCAUAAUACCCCAAACAUAAUUUCAAAACUAAUUAGUAAACCAAAGUCUGCACGAAGAGCGAAGCGACGCAUCCGAUUUCCUUUUAUAUAGUUUUUCUUUUAUUCGUCUCUCUCUCUCACACCUCUAAAUCUCUCAAAAACCCAAUUUUGGUCUGAAGAAAGCCGAAUCAAAUUCAUGUCUUUCAGAGGACUUAGCAAGCCAAAUGCAACAUCCGGGAUGGGUGUUGCAGAUCAGAGCAGAACCACGUUCCAUGAGCUUCAGAGGAAGAAAACUCACCGCUACGUCGUCUUCAAGAUCGAUGAGGCCAAGAAAGAAGUGGUGGUUGAGAAAACCGGAAACCCUGCAGAGAGCUACGACGAUUUCUUAGCUUCUCUCCCCGACAAUGAUUGCAGAUACGCUGUUUAUGACUUUGACUUCGUCACUUCUGAGAAUUGCCAAAAGAGCAAAAUCUUCUUCGUUGCUUGGUCUCCUUCGACUUCACGAAUCAGGGCAAAGAUGCUUUACGCGACUUCUAAAGACAGGUUUAGGAGGGAGCUUCAAGGGAUUCACUAUGAGAUUCAAGCUACUGAUCCUACGGAGGUUGAACUUGAAGUAUUACGCGAACGUGCAAACUGAGGAAGAAAAUAUUAGUUCUCUACUUGGGAACUUAUUGGUAAUGUAAUGAAUAAUCUCGUUCGAUAACAUUGGUUUUUUCAUAUUCUCGUGGUUGGAUUUGUGUAUUCACAGUUUCAUGUUCUAUGAACAAACUGUAUAAACUCAAGUAGAUGUCUCAAGAUAGCACAUCUUUAACCUCGAGGUAAGUUAGAACUGCAAACUCAAUUUGAGGUUGAUGCAGUGUUGUUAUUAUAACCGGACCUGUAAAACCCAAAAGCUAGU